AGUAGUAGCCGCACACCAUCUCUCUCUCUCUUUUCUCGCACGAGCACAGUCGGUGGUCAGGCCACUUUCCCACGUCUUUUUCUCUUUCCUCCUCCUCUUCUCCUUCAAUCCCCUCCGCAUUCCAAGCGUCCGCUGCAUUGGAUCGACCUCUGAAGGAACCUGCAGAAGAAGCGAGAGACAGAAGAGCGAGAAAGCAGAGAGAGAUGUCGUCGUCGGACGAGGAGGGAGGGGAGGAGUACCUGUUCAAGAUCGUCAUCAUCGGGGACUCGGCGGUGGGGAAGUCGAACCUGCUGUCCCGGUACGCCCGCAACGAGUUCAACCCCCACUCCAAGGCCACCAUCGGGGUGGAGUUCCAGACCCAGUCCAUGGACAUCGACGGCAAGGAGGUCAAGGCCCAGAUUUGGGACACCGCCGGCCAGGAACGCUUCCGCGCCGUCACCUCCGCCUACUACCGCGGUGCCGUCGGCGCCCUCGUCGUCUACGACAUCACCCGCCGCUCCACCUUCGACAGCGUCUCCCGCUGGCUCGACGAGCUCAAGACUCACUCAGACACAACAGUUGCAAGGAUGCUUGUUGGGAACAAAUGUGACCUGGAGAGUAUUAGGGAUGUGACAGUCGAGGAGGGGAAGAGUUUAGCAGAAUCAGAAGGGUUGUUCUUUAUGGAGACUUCCGCUUUGGAUGCCACAAAUGUGAAGACAGCCUUCGAGAUCGUGAUAAAAGAAAUAUAUAACAAUGUGAGCAGGAAGGUUCUAAAUUCAGAUGCAUAUAAAGCAGAGCUCUCUGUUAACAGGGUAACCUUGGCUGGUAAUGGGGCCGAUGGAUCAAAGCGGAGUCAGAGCUUUUCUUGCUGUUCCAGGUGAUACUGUAGAGGUGUAAUUCUUUCAAGUCCGAUGAUGAAAACUUCAUUGUCGAUUCUAUUGGUUGAGCUGUCUGUUUGUCUGGUUUUUGCUUGUUUUUUCUUAUCAGGGGUUUUUAAAAUGCUGUUAUAGCAAAUUUUAUUCAAGAAUAUUAACCUAUCGAUUUCUUUUAGUUCUAGAUAUAUGUAAUAGCAAAGAAUUACGUGGACCUGGGUUCCGUUUGUGUGAUUGGGAAUUAUGUCUACAUAUUUUGGCUGAGAGGUUUGCAUAUUUUGUUCAUGGCAGAGGCAAGAUAAAUGUAAGUUAUAUUUUUA